AUGGAGGAACCUUCAUUUAAACUUCCUGAAAUUAUUGAUAAUGAUAAUGGUUGGGGUCCUUCACCUGUUAUGUUACCGGAAAAAUUUAGAGACAUACCAUAUGCUCCAUAUAGUAAAGCUGAUAAAUUAGGUCGAAUUGCUGAUUGGUCUACUCCAGAACAAAGAGAAAAAGAAUCUUCCGGAAGACAAAGAACAAAUUACAGAAAUUACCGAGAUCAGUAUACAGCCUUUGGUCAUGGUGUAUCAAAUGCUUUUGCUUAUGCUCAUGCUGAAGACGAAGCUUCAUUUUCAGUCGUUGAUAAUCGAUCUACUGCUCAAAAGAAAGCCUCUUCAUAUAGAACCACCGGUGGUACAAAAGGUCGAACAAGUGGCGCAAGAGGUCAAACUAAUCGCAACGUUAGAAAUGGUCAAUACCAAAGGCCCAACACACAAACUCGGAAUACACCCGGGGGUAGAGCAGCUCAAAAUGCGGUUCGGAAACGAUACGGCUGGAAAGAUUAUGAUAAGCCUCAACGUGCUAGAGAUGCUUCAGUCAAUGUGGGUCCGGAUUGGAAAGUUCUUGAAGAAAUUGAAUUUAAUUGGUUAUCCAAGCUUAAUUUAGAUGUAGAGAAUGUAGAAGACAUAUCUUUACAUGGCUUUUUAUAUUAUUAUGACAAAAAUUAUGAUCUUAUUCGUACCAAAUCAGAAAAACCAUUAAUCCCUNGUAUCCGGAGAAUCCAUCUAUUAUAUUAA